AUCUUGGAAAUAUGUUUAAAACCUAUUUAUUGCGUACAGGCACUUAAAAGUGGAUGCGACUAUGUAGCACUUGUACAUGGUUAAAUAAUAUGCAGUACAUGGAGCGCUGUCAAGUGUUUAGUUGAGCAAAUGUGCUAAAGUGCGUAUUGAUUUGUUUUAGACAGCUAUUGUUUAUUGGUCUGUACAACAAUCUAAAACAAAAACUGCGUCGCAGCGACAAAUAUGCAGCCAUAGCCACAGUAUUGGCUAGCUGACAGCAACAACGAUACAAUCGAACGCGAGAGACAGACUGCCAUGGGCGGGUCCGUAAGUCAAGUUUUUCGGUCAGGAUCUGCUUUGCUCUCACAUCGCGAGCACAAGGUGUCGAAGGCGACGGAAGAGAAGAUACAAACGCUCUUCGAGAUUUUAAGGGCCAAUCCGAAAGUAUCGCUACAAACACUCGAGAGUCUAUUGGUUCAGAUACCCAAGCAUGAGAACAUCUUGGUGAUACACGAUGACUGUGGUUACAACAUAUUGCAGCGUAGUGUGGGCCUGAACCACAUCGAUCUUACGAAAUGGCUUCUGCAUCGCCAUCGUCCCGACGUUAACCGGGCGCCCUGCUCCCUGCCUUUGCACAUUGCCUGCCUUAAGGGCUACGAGGAGUGUGUGGAGCUCUUGUUGCGCCAUGGCGCUCGAAUUGACGCGGACACUCGCAUGUGCUUCCCUGGCGCACAUUCACACAACUGCGAGGAAAGUGGGAAAUGGCAUGGAAAUAAUGUGGAUGAUGUAAGCGAGCGCUUGAAUACCAAAUUGCAAAACGCCCUAUGUUAUGCUAUCGACGGUGAUCAGUACAACGUGCUGAACAUGCUAACACAAAAGAUGGAGGAGCCAUGGAUACCGUUUCGCGCCAAGAAACCUCUACUGCAUUUGGCAUGCGAGCGAGGCGCCUGGAAUUGCGUACAACAGCUGGUUGUCACGCGUUCCGAGGAGAUAAACCUAAUCAUGGACGAAUACGCUCCCAUACAUCAUGCGGUACUGCAUGAUGGUCGUUUCCUUGAGCUACUCAUCCAACAUGGUGCCGUGACUACAGUACGUACAUGUACGCAACAAAUGACCCUGCUACAUGUGGUAAUUUUUGCAGCCCGCAAAUCUGCCGAUGAUACACUGGCGACACUGCGCAUCUUGCUGGAGCGCGGCUGUAAAGAGCUCAUAAAUGCUCCCGAUUCGCUGGGCAAUACACCAUUGCACGCUCUGAUUGUUCGCUAUGCGCUCGAGGAAGCGCGUUAUGGGUACGACAAAUGGAGCAAAUGGGAUGUUUUGCACCUGGUGCGCUUUCUGCUGCAAAAUGGCGCCAAGCAAUCCAUUAAUCAGGCAGGCAAUAGCGCUAUGGCCUGUGUCUUUCGUCAUUUGCGCGACUGGGAAGUUUGCUAUGAACUUCUGAACAUGCUUAUAAAAGAGGAUGGUGAUCCCAACAUUGUCGGAAGAGAUGGCUCUGUACCAAUUAUGGUAUUGUUGGUGCCAUUGAUAAACAAGGACCAUUUGCAUCAUUUUACACAUUCAAUGAAGGUUUGUUACCUCAACUGCUUUCGCAUUUUACUUGAGCACGGCGCGAAUGCAAACUGUUCGUAUCGUGCCAACCUCAAGCCUUUGCACGUACUCGUGUUUACCGUUAGUGAAAACUUUACGCUUAAUUGUGAUGCACAGAAGCGCACAAACUUUGACUUUAUCAAGAACAUAUUGCUGCUGCUGCUGCAGCAUGGCUUGGACUGUAAUAAAACAUAUCAGCACAUACUGCAGGCGGUUAUGGAUAUGGUGCAGAAUGUGCGCACCUGCCACGAUAUGCAAUGUAUUUAUGAAUUGACGUUGGUAUUGAUACAAUAUGGCGCCGAUCCUAACAUUGUGCUAAGCAGCAAGACAACGCCCGGUAUUGCAAUAUUCUCGAGCGAAAUCGCCAGUUAUGGCGAGGCGUUGGGUGGUGGAGGUGCUGCUGCAGCACUUGGCGAUAAUACAUUUCGCAACUCGUUUCGCACAAACUCACGCUAUCUACUUUUUUACUACAUUAUAUUGAUAACGAAAAAAGAAUUUAUACUUAACGAUCCGCAUUUGACGUUUACGCGCAUUAUACAUCUCUUCUAUUUGACAAUGCAGCAUGAACCGCUCUAUAAUUGCCUCAAGUCCCUGCACAAUUUCUAUGUCGCCCAAGUGCCGAGCAAGAAAACUGAACAAUUAAUGGCUCUGAUCUCGACGCUGUAUCGCAAGCCGCGCAGUUUAAAGCAGCUAGCUCGUAUGGCCAUUUAUGAGGCAGUAAAUCGCAAACUGGCGCAAAACGUAAACCGUUUAAAUUUACCUGGUCCUCUAAAAGAAUACGUAUUACAGUUCGAAAGAUAACAAGUGGAGCAAAUACAAUCGCCAGCUGGAACAGUAUCGUCGUCAAUGUUAACUUUUUAACGACCAAUGAACUCCAAUUAGAGUCAAUCAUAAUUGCAAUUGGAAUGUUGCCGUUCAAUAUUAUAUUUAA